AUGGAUUAUUUGCUUGGUUCUGUGUUUUCUGUCCUGGAGUGCCCUCGCCUCCGAAUUAAAAAACCUUCAUGGGUCCAGUUACCAUCCAGAAUGACUGUCUUCUCUUUUGUUUUGUUCACCUACUUUCUGGUUACCGGGGGCAUUAUUUUUGACAUUAUAAAUGGACCACCUAGUGUUGGCACGGAAACAGAUGCAAGAGGGAAUCAAAGACCUGUUGCUUUUAUGCAAUGGCGAAUCAACAGUCAGUAUAUCUUGGAGGGUUUGCUUUGUAGCUUUAUGUUUACCCUCGGAGCUAUUGGGUUUAUUAUACUUGACAAGGUUAACGAAUCCAAAAUGACGAGGCUGGCACGCGUCAUUAUGCUAGCUUUGGGAGUUGCGUUUGUUCUUACGUCAUUUAUUUCGGUUCGUGCGUUCAUGAAGAUUAAGAUGCCGUAG